CGGGAAGCUCUUCAAGUUUGCCAGUCUGUAGUAAAACUCCAUUCAUACUUCAGCUCUCUCUCUCUCUCUCUCUCUCUCUCUCUCUUUCUGCUAGAGUGAGAGUGAGAGAAUUGUGCACUAAACCCUGAAGCUGUUCAAAGGUUUCAGGCUUCAGAUCAUUUUUGAUUGAGAGGUGAAAUUAGGCUUUUUAGGAGGAUGUCAGAUUUGCUGGGCAAUUUGGAAUCGGGUGAACAGGAAUCGAGCAUGGUGAACGAUGUCUUGUCCAUGGAGAUUGAUCCUCCGGAAAAGGAGAACCUUGCCACCGCCGAGGACUGGCGGAAGGCGCUCAGGAAGGUGGUUCCGGCGGUGGUCGUCAUCCGCACCACCGCUUGCCGAGCUUUCGACACUGAGUCCGCCAGCGCUGGUUACGCAACUGGAUUUGUUAUUGAUAAGAGCCGUGGGAUUAUACUCACUAAUCGACACGUUGUUAAACCUGGGCCAGUGGUGGCUGAAGCUAUGUUUGUGAACCGCGAAGAAGUCCCUGUCUAUCCAAUAUACAGAGACCCUGUUCAUGAUUUUGGCUUCUUUCGAUAUGAUCCCAGUGCAAUCCAAUUUUUAAAUUAUGAAGAAAUCUCUCUUGCUCCUGAGGCUGCUUGUGUAGGACUGGAAAUCAGGGUGAUUGGGAAUGAUAGUGGAGAGAAGGUGUCUAUUUUGGCUGGAACCCUUGCUCGGCUAGAUAGAGAUGCACCACAUUACAAGAAGGAUGGCUACAAUGACUUCAAUACUUUCUAUAUGCAAGCUGCAUCUGGGACUAAGGGUGGUUCAAGUGGCUCUCCUGUAAUUGACUGGCAGGGCAGAGCAGUUGCUUUGAAUGCAGGAAGCAAGUCAUCAAGUGCCUCUGCUUUUUUCCUCCCUUUAGAGCGAGUUGUAAGGGCUUUAAAAUAUUUGCAACAAGGAAGAGAUUAUACAAACAAAUGGGAGGUGGUCUCUAUUCCUCGUGGUACACUUCAGGUGACAUUUUUCCAUAAAGGAUUUGAUGAAACCCGUCGGCUUGGUCUUCGAAGUGAAACUGAACAGUUGGUGCGAAAUUCAUCUCCACCAAGUGAAACUGGAAUGCUUGUUGUUGAUUCUGUGGUGCCUGGUGGUCCAGCGUAUAAUCACUUAGAGGCUGGUGACGUGCUUGUUUGUAUGAAUGGGAAGGUGACUACGCAGUUCCUUGAGAUGGAAACUCUCUUUGAUGACAGUGUUGGAAAGAAAGUUGAACUAAAAAUCGAAAGAGGUGGUGCUCCGUUGACCAUUGACUUAGUGGUUCAGGAUUUGCAUUCUAUAACUCCUGACUACUUUUUGGAAGUUAGUGGUGCAGUGAUACACCCCCUGUCUUACCAACAGGCUAGAAAUUUCCGGUUUCACUGUGGCCUUGUGUAUGUUGCUGAACCAGGAUAUAUGCUCUUUAGAGCUGGAGUUCCACGCCAUUCCAUCAUUAAGAAAUUCGCAGGUGAAGAUAUUUUGAAGCUUGAUGAUUUAAUAUCUGUCCUAUCCAAGUUGUCUAGGGGUUCUAGAAUACCACUGGAAUACAUAAGCCACACAGAUCGCCACCGGAGAAAGUCUGUAUUAGUCACAGUUGACCGCCAUGAGUGGUAUGCCCCGCCUCAGAUAUACACUCGUGAUGACAGUUCUGGAUUAUGGUUGGCUAAGCCAGCUUUACCACCUGACUCUGUUCUCCUUUCUGAUGUAAUUCCCGUCAAAGAAGAUCUGUCGAGUCCUAAUGUGUAUCCUGCUACUGCUGAGGUUAGUCCAAUGGACCAUGCACCUCAAAAUUUUAGCCAUGAGUCAAUGGAUGGUGUUACAAAUAUGGAAACUAUAAAUGAAGUCACUGCCGAGGGACCACAAUCUCAGGAUGAUAUUGAUUCUGGAAUGAAGAAAAGAAAGGUGCAGGAAAACUCAUCUGCUGAUGGAACUAUUAUAGCAAUUUGCCCCUUACACGAGCAUAGGGAAGAAAGAAUCGAGAAGUCAGGACCCCAAGCAGACACAGUUCUUAGGGAUUAUCAAGGCGCUUCAACAGAGGCUGCUAACGCCUCAGUUGCUGAGCGUGUGAUUGAGCCUACUCUUGUUUUGUUUGAGGUUCAUGUACCAUCAUCAUGUAUGCUGGAUGGUGUGCAUUCACAACAUUUUUUUGGAACUGGUGUGAUUGUAUAUCAUUCACAAAAUAUGGGCUUGGUUGCUGUGGAUAAGAACACUGUUGCAGUGUCAGUUUCUGAUGUCAUGCUGUCUUUUGCUGCUUUCCCGAUUGAAAUUCCUGGGGAGGUAGUCUUCCUUGAUCCUGUCCACAAUUUUGCUCUUGUUGCAUAUGAUCCUUCUGCUCUUGGACAUGUUGGUUACUCUGCAGUUCAUGCUGCUGAGCUUCUUUCUGAACCCUUGCUUCACCGUGGUGUUUCAGUGUCCCUUGUGGGAUUAAGCAGAAGCCUGCAGGCAACCUCUCGGAAAUCAAUUGUUACGAAUCCUUGUGCUGCCCUGAAUAUUGGAUCAGCUGACUGUCCACGGUAUAGAGCAAUAAAUAUGGAAGUUAUUGAGCUUGACACUGAUUUCGGCACUUCAUUUUCUGGCGUGCUGACUGAUGAGCGUGGAAGAGUUCAAGCUUUAUGGGGUAGCUUUUCAACUCAGAUCAGAUAUGGUGGCAGUUCAUCCGAAGAUCAUCAAUUUGUCCGUGGAAUUCCAAUUUACGCAAUUGGUCGCGUUCUUGAUAAAAUUAUUUCUGGUGCUAAUGGACCUCAUCUUCUCAUAAAUGGUGUCAAAAGGCCUAUGCCACUGACAAGAAUAUUAGAAGCUGAACUUUAUCCUACUUUGCUUUCCAAAGCCCGCAAUUUUGGAUUAAGUGACACUUGGAUCCAGGCCCUUGUGAAAAAAGAUUCUAUUAGACGUCAGGUUUUGAGAGUUAAAAGUUGUUUUGCUGGCUCAAGGGCUGAAAGCUUCUUAGAACAAGGUGACAUGGUCUUGGCCAUCAACAAGGAGCCUGUUACUUGUUUUCGUGACAUUGAAGAUGCUUGUCAAACCUUAGACGGGCGUGAUGACGAUGAUGCCAAACUGUGCAUGACCAUAUUUCGCCAGGGGCAUGAAAUUGAACUACUUGUGGGAACAGAUGUGAGGGAUGGGAUUGGAACUACCCAUGCAAUAAAUUGGUGUGGGUCUAUUGUCCAAGAUCCUCAUCCUGCAGUCCGUGCACUUGGAUUUCUUCCCAAAAAAGGUCAUGGAGUUUAUGUGACAAGGUGGUGUCAUGGGAGCCCUGCGCAUAGGUAUGGUCUGUAUGCUCUUCAAUGGAUUCUCGAAAUCAAUGGGAAACCAACUCCUGAUCUGGAUUCUUUUAUUGCGGUUACUGAGGGAUUAGAGCAUGAAGAGUUUGUUCGCGUAAGAACGGUGAACUUGAACGGGAAGCCCCGGGUACUUACUUUGAAGCAAGAUUUACACUAUUGGCCAACAUGGGAACUCCGAUUCGACCCCGAUACGGCUGUGUGGAGACGAAAGAUUAUCAAGGCUUUGGACUCUGGUGUAAUGUGAAGCUUCUAUAGGGAGAGCCAUCUCCAGGUUUGCUUCUGAAGCUAAUAUAUACUCUUAUAUACGUACACGCACAUUGAUUAAUUUUUCCUAUUUUUAUUUACAUGCUGAUGAAGCUCACUUCCAUUUUAAACAACACACAUUUGAUCAUGUAUUUGAGCAUCACUUGUUGUAUUAACUCUGUAACAAUUAGGGUUAAAAAUAAGGUUAUUUACUGUAGUUUUUAGUCUGCUAAUGUUACCCGGAGUACUUUAUUUACUGUACUG